GAAAUGUCAUUUUACAAAUAGAAGAAGCAUUGAGAUAUUUGUUUAUGCUGCUAUUUAACAUCAAACAAUAAAGGGCAUAAUUUAAAUACAAUGUCUACGGAAAAGGAAAAAAGUGAAAAGACUAAAAUUAAUACUCAGGUAAAACAUGUGCCCAAAGAUGCCCAGGUCAUUAUGUCUAUUCUAAAAGAUCUGGGAAUACAGGAAUACGAGCCAAGGGUUAUUAAUCAACUUUUGGAGUUUUCAUAUCGCUAUGUGACAUGUAUAUUGGAUGAUGCUAAAGUCUUUGCAAAUCAUGCCCGCAAGAAAACGAUAGAUUUAGACGAUGUUAAACUAGCAACGGAAGUAGUUCUUGAUAAAGCUUUCACAUGUCCACCGCCCCGACAUGUCAUAUCUAAAUUAGCCGAGGUACGCAAUAGCAUGCCUUUGCCCGCCAUUAAGCCUCACUGUGGUUUACGACUACCUCCCGAUCGUUAUUGCCUGUCUGCUUGCAAUUACAAACUAAGAGCCGCAAAUCAAGCUAAGAAAAUGACAAAAUCUGCUUUGGAAGGACGCAGUACAAUUAAAUCACAACUUAAGCCUGGAGGCGCUGCAGCAGGUUCGAUUAAAAGGCAAACAGUUCUGACACCCAAAGCUCAAGUGGUUACAAUACCAAAGCCUGUUAUAAAGUUCACUACAACAGCUAAAACUGUGGCUGUUGAUAGCAAAGGUUUGGCAGGUUCCUCGGUUGGAGGCAGUGGAAGUACAAUGGAUUCAUUAGGUGAGGUAAAAAUGGAAGUGGAUGCUGAGAAUACAGUUGUGGGAUCAAUAACAACCAUUGCAACAGGUACUGGUGUGAAAAGAGAACGUGAUGAGGACGAAUUUGAAGUUGUACCAUAGAAUAUAAGUUUAUUAAAAUACAGAAGUGAAACAAUAAAUAGGUAUAAGAAAUAACACAUUAAGUCUUAAUGCCUACAUAAUAUAUAUGAUGUUAAAUUAUGCAAUUUUGCCACUUCAUA